GAGCUUUAGUUGCAUCAUUCUCGGUGUCUCUCAUUUCGAAUUAGUCAAUUUUUCGUUUGGGUUUAUCACGCAUUUUAUUUCCGUCCGCCUUUUAUUUUGCUGUGUUGGACUUUUUGGCCGUUGGUAACUACAAUUUUUGUCUAUUUCUUUUCAGGUGGUUGUAGUCUGUCCCGUGAGAAGAGGAGCCUUAAUAUUUAUAGCAGAAGGAGAAUUCUGAAGUGUGCUCUCUAGUUUUGCUUUCGUAAAUAUGGCCGACGAUGAUUCGGGACAGCCUAAGAACCGCCACUUGCCCCAGUCGAAUGCGGACGAGAAGAACGGCGAUAUUGCAAAUCCUAUCAAGGAACAGCAACCAACUGUGGGUGCAAGGCUUACUCAAGGGCGAACAGGUGGGCUUGGUGUGGGUCAUUUGGGAGUGAAGAUGCUAAGAUCCGGAGAGAAUCCUACGAAGGACGAUGAUGGCGACGACGACGACGACGACGACGCAGACGACGACGAAAUAGAAGGAGCGGCUGAUGAAUUGCCUGGCGAUGAAGCAGAUAUACACGAUGGUCUGCGUACUCAUUUUCCUCUUUCGUUCGGGAAGCAAGAAGCAAAAGCCGUACCGCUGGAGUCCAUUCAUUCGAAGACCAAGCGCGGGGAGGUCGUUGCUGAGCGUUUGCUCUUGAAAUCUGCAAACAAAUUGAAAAGUGAGGCUUCACGAAGAUCUGGCCAAAUCCAGUUUGCAUCUGCAGGGAGUCAAUUCUAUGGACCUCCGCGACCUCCGGCAGCUAGGGCUGAUGAAGACAUUGUGGGACCUCCUCGUCCGGAGACAAUCGUGAAUGAUGAAGACGUGGUUGGACCUCCCCGACCUCCAGCUACAGUUGAGGAUGAAGACAUAGUAGGACCACCACAUAGGCCGGGGACAAGUAGCACUGAGGAUGAAGACGGUGGUGAGGACGAGGCAGAUGAAGACGACGAUGAGUAUCGCUUUCCUCUCAGUAAUGAGAUCGUACUCAAAGGCCACACCAAGGUGGUGACAGCUAUUGCAGUGGAUCCAACAGGGUCGAGGGUUCUGACUGGAGGCUACGAUUACUCUGUAAGGAUGUAUGAUUUUCAAGGGAUGAAUGCCCAGCUUCGCUCCUUCCGUCAGAUCGAACCCAGUGAAGGUCAUCAGCUUCGUGCUCUCAGCUGGUCUCCCACAGCAGAUCAGUUUAUUGCUGUAACCGGUUCUGCAACAGCGAAAAUAUAUGACAGAGAUGGGUUUACACAAGGAGAAUUUGUAAAGGGAGAUAUGUAUAUACGGGAUCUAAAGAAUACCAAAGGUCACAUUUCUGGCCUUACUGGUGGGCACUGGCAUCCAAAAGAACGUCAAACUGCGCUUACUUCAUCUGAGGAUGGAUCAUUAAGAAUCUGGGAUGUGACAAACUUCAAAACUCAAAAACAGGUCGUAAAGCCAAAGCUUGCAAGACCAGGGAGAGUUUCAGUCACAGCUUGCGCGUGGGGCCUGAAUGGCAACUGUGUGGCGGGUGGUCUUGCUGAUGGAUCUAUUCAGAUUUGGAAUGUAAAAGCUGGUUGGGGGAGCCGCCCCGACAUUUAUAUUAGCAACGCCCAUGAAAAUGGCGAUGAUGUUACAAGUCUCUGUUUUUCUGGAGAUGGGAAUACCCUUCUUUCUCGUAGCACAGAUUCUACUGUUAAGGUGUGGGAUGUGCGAAAACCGAAGGCACCAUUAAAGACUUUUGGUGAUUUGCCGAACUCAUACGCUCAAACUACCGUCUCCUUCAGCCCUGAUGAGCGUCUGAUUAUGACUGGGACAUCAACUGAAAAAGAAGGAAACAAAGGAGGAUUGCUCGUCUUCUUCGAUAGGCAGCGAUUGGAGUUUGUUAGGAGAGUCGGCGUUUCUGCCGAUCAAAGCGUAGUAUGCUCUCUUUGGCACCCCAAACUUAACCAGAUUUUUGCAACAACAGGAGAUAAAAAGCGAGGUGGAACCCAUGUAUUGUACGACCCAGCUAUUAGCGAGAAGGGGGCUCUAGUUUGUGUUGCUCGUGCUCCUCGUAAGAAAUCCAUUGAAGACAUGGAGGCAAAGCCUGUGGUACAUAAUCCACACGCAUUGCCUCUCUUCAGAGAUGCUCCCAGCAGAAAGAGAGCCCGUGAGAAAGCUCGUAAUGAUCCCAUCAAGUCCAAGAGACCAGAUUUGCCGAUGAGUGGACCUGGAUUUGGUGGUCGUGUUGGUACAACCAAGGGCAGCUUACUUACACAAUAUCUCAUGCGGGAAGGAGGCAUGAUAAAAGAGACGUGGAUGGACGAGGACCCACGCGAAGCAAUCUUGAAACAUGCAGAUGCAGCUGCCAAGGAUCCCACAUUUUUUGGACCUGCAUAUGCUGAAACCCAGCCCCAAACUAUAUUCCAUGAGUCCGAUGAGGAGGAAGAGGAUGGUAAGUAAUUCGAAGGCAUAGUGCUUUUCUUUGAAAUAGUAAAAUGCAAAGUUAUCGGUAGUAAAUUACAAGCUGGAGUAUCGGCUUAAACAAUGAACCAAGAGCAUAAAUCUUGUGUAUGUGGUAACAAUUAUCUCAGAUAUCAUAUGGUUCUGAACUUUUAAGCAGUUAUCCAAUACAGCUGAAUGAAAGUUGAAUGAGUAAA